AUGUCUGUUGUCGUAGUGGAACUAACAGCUGCAUCAGGACAAGUCAAUCGAGCGCUCCUCCUCCCUCUCUCACCUGAGCUCUCAUCCACCAGCCACUCUCACCCACCGUCUUCUCCGACGAGGAAGAUCAAUCUCUCCUCCGCCUCCAACCACUCACCCGCCAUUGUCUUCGAGGAGGAAGACCAGUCCGAUGACCUUAAAUCCGGCAACAAAUUUUCUCCAGUGGUACUGCACACAUUUUCUCCGGUAGUGCUGUACACAUUUUCUCCUGUGGUGCUGUACACAUAUUCUCCGGUUUUUGGAAGUGAGGAGUUUUUGAGGGCGGCUGUGGAUGCAGGGGAGGUGGUAUGGAAUCGGGGUCUGCUUAAACGAGUUGGGCUUUGUCAUGGUAUCAGUGGGAAUACCUAUGUAUUUUUUUCACUUUACAGAUUGACAGGCAAAGUGGAGUUCUUGUACAGGGCCAAAGCGUUUGCUUGUUUUCUAAAUGAUAGAGCUCAAGUUCUCAUAUCAGAGGGGAUAAUGCAUGGAGGUGAUCGCCCCUACUCACUGUUUGAAGGCCUUGGAGGAAUGGCUUAUCUCUUUCUGGACAUGAUCGAACCAUCUGAGGCUAGGUUUCCUUGUUAUGAACUUUAA